GCCAAGUAUAGAAUCCUGCAGAAAACUUGGUCAAAGGGUUCGGUCACGUCUCUCUCUCUCUCUCUGCCUCGAAUACAACAAGAUAUAUGCGUACCUUUCUCCCACGCAUUUGAUUAGUUUCAGAGGACGCGUGUGUGUGUGACACAUGUGUGUGUUCAUGCGCGCGCUUGUGCGUAUUUGCGCGCGCAGCUCUGUAUCCUGUGCGCCAGUCGCUGUUCACAUCUGGUCUUGGCGGGGACCGGAGUUGCGGGGGAGGGGUUGAGCAUGUGUGUGUGUGAGUGUGUGUGUGUGCUCUGCGCCUGAACCCUGCGUUUUGUGCACGUCUGUAAUUUGCACCAGAUGACCAAUUGGGGGAUGGAGCAUUCUGGGGAGGUAAGCGUUCCUCACACGGCAUAACAUCGCAGCGCACAAAUGAACUUAGUGUAUGGACAACGCUGCAUAACCAUGGAUCCAGACACUUCUGCACACUAAACUUUGUGCAGAGAAACUUCCGCUCCCCAUUUUUGGAGCAACAAGUGGAUAAUGGAUAUAUCAGACGCGAAAGUGAGAGUGGAGAGUUGGGGUAACUACACUUAAACACAAAGGGGAAUGCUGCAUCAGAAGGUUGUUCCAACUGCCGUUUGGGAAUGGAUACCGGUCAUUUUGUGGCGGUCAUCUGCUUUCUCCUUUUUUCCUGUGAUGGGCUCCUCUCACCCUCACCCGCAAGCGGCUUCUGUCCGGAGCGCUGCGAUUGCCAGCACGCGCAGCACCUCCUCUGCACAAACCGAGGGCUUCGCGCGGUACCAAAGGUGCCCUCCUCGCGGCUCCCAGAGGACGUACUUGUCUUCAGCCUCGGGGGAAACUUCAUUGGUAACAUCACUGCCUUCGACUUCACUCGGUAUGGAAAUCUUAUAAGGUUGAACUUACAGUAUAAUCAAAUACAGACCAUUCACCCUAAAGCGUUUGAAAUGCUCUCCAAAUUGGAGGAGCUGUAUUUGGGCAACAAUCUGAUAUCAACAAUACCUCCAGGAACGUUACAGUCACUGAAAAAACUGACAACUUUGUAUGGCAAUAACAAUAACAUGAAGAAGAUCACUCCAGAGCUGUUUGGUAACUUAGAGAGCGUUGUGAGGCUGAGGUUGGAUGGGAACGCCAUAGAACUGUUACAGGACUCUGUGUUCAAGAGCUUGACCAAUCUGCAUUAUCUCCAUCUAGAAUCCAACCAGCUGAGCCACAUUCACAGAAAUGCCUUUUCCAAGCUCAUCAAACUGCGCUUUCUCAACCUGGCGCAGAACAAACAGGCGGCCGUGCGUAAUGUGUUUACAUUUUCCCAGCUCAGGUCACUGUCUACCUUGCUGCUCUCUGAAAAUGAAAUACAAUAUGUCGGAAACCACGUUUUUCAAAAUCUGAAAAAGCUAUCUAAACUAUCCCUCAGCAAUAACAACAUCUCCCGGUUGGAGAGCGAGGCUUUGAAGGGGCUGUCAAGCGUGAGAGAGUUUCUGAUGGAUGGGAACGAGCUGGAAGAUAUUCCUGCGGGACUUCUUGACCCGCUGGAGCAAAUCGAGGAGCUGGACUUUAGUCGCAACCACAUUUCCACCGUGAACCCGGUGGCUUUUAAAAAACUACAGCACCUGAGGGUUUUAAAACUCAAAGACAACCGGCUCACGAGCCUCCCCGGUCACAUCUUCGCCCUCAACAGCCGCCUUUACGAUUUGGAUCUCCAUGGCAACAACUGGACGUGUGACUGCCGCCUGAGCGAGCUGAAACAGUGGAUGACGUCGGCGCACUCUCAAGGGAAGCUGCUGACUGUGUUCGUGCAGUGUCAUCACCCAGCGACACUGAACGGGAAGUAUCUGGAUUAUGUCAACAGCUCCCAGUUACAGACCCAACAGAAUUGGAGCCACUUGUGUGAGACCCAAAUUGGGCCUGAGGAGAGCAGAGGUGGGGGGGUCCUGGAGAAGGAGGUGGAGGAGAGGAUGAUGAGAGAGGGGGAGGUGAGGAAGGAUGUAGAAGAGCAGAGGGGAAUUGGGAGUAGAGAAGGAGUGGCGAUGAAGGCAAUAGAGGAAGAGAACAGGGGUAGAGAGGAAGAGGAGAGAACGGAGGGAGAACAGGAAGUAGGUAUCCAUCAGGAACAAGGAGGGCCAGAGGAGCGGGACAAAUCCCUGUCGUUGGACAGGAAAAGGAGGAAGAAAAUAUCCAUUAGCCCCAGGUCGCGACCUUCUGCUGGGAAGCGUGAGAAAGGGAGGCGGGGUUCCGUUCUGGGCCGUGGUAUUCCUCAAACACAAGCUCCUUUGCUCAUCAACCCCAUGGACCCAACCACAACCGUGCCUCAGACACUUGACAGCCAAAAUAGCCAUGGAAACCGUCUCAGUGGACCAAUCACAGAGCUCCUCACCACCUCAGAGGAGCGGUUUGACCUUCUCAGAGGCGGUCAGGAGUAUGGUCUACCAGUAAUGACAGACCCCUGUAUGUUCAACCGUCACUUUCUCACCAACGUGACCGUCGACCAGGUCGCCUCCAGCACGGCCACAGUCCACUGGACCACACGCCACCACCUCCGAUUCACACCGGGAUCCGGACUGGGACUAGACGAGGUCCACUACCGCUUGCUGUUCGACCGGUUCGGGACAUCUGGCCGUUUCCCUCGCUAUGUGUAUGCCCGUGGCGGGGCGCGGUCAGUGAUGUUACGAGAACUCCGCCCAGAAGUCACCUACAUGGUGUGUGUGGAGGGGGUGGUGGGAGGGGCCGUGUGUCAGGUGGCACCCAGGGACCACUGCGCUGGAUUGGUCACUCUCCCAGAGGAGUCUCGUCGCCAAGGGACACUGACUUCCGAUCUCCACCUAGUCACCAUUGCAACGCUGGCCAUCAACGCCAUCCUCCUGCUGGUGAUUGGUGGAGCCUGGCUAGGGCAGACUUUGAGGCGGAAGCUGAAAAGGAGGAAGACGGCGGUGCAUGUGCGUCACAUGUACUCCACGCGGCGACCGUUCCGCGGCUCUAUGGCAACGACGGCGGCUGUGUCGACUGACUUUACCAGUUUCCAGAGCAGCCGGCAACCACGGCUUGGAACCCUGGAGGAAGGGGGAGACCUCAUUGAGUUCUCCUGCGAUCGUUUCCUUGACAACAGCCCCACACGUAGAGACAACAGCAACAUGCAGAGGUUUUGUGAUUAGUAGAACCCUAGAGACUUACACUCUUAGAAAAAACAGUGCUACCUAGAACAAAAAAGGGUUGUCCUGUUGAGACAGUCAAAGAACCCCUUUGGAACUCGUUUUCUAAGAGUGUAGAACAUGAAAAACAAUUGCUCUGUGUGACCAAUAUACACUAUUCAUGUUAUUGUGAGCCAUUAGAUAAUUCUAAAGUAGAACCCUUAUCUAGAACCUGAGAACACCAAGACACCAUUACAAGGAAGGAACAUCCUCAGGAGGAUGAGGUGCUGCAGAGACAGAAACAGAACGGGACUGGAUUUGAACCUGCACUGUAGGGCACUUCACCACAAUAGCAGGACCACAACCAGGGUGUUAUGACCACACACACACACACACUCUUCCCAGCACACCAUCUUAUGCUGUAAACAAGUCCCUGCGCCAAGAUGCAAUUGGAUGCAUCUUGGUGCAGAGAAAUCCCUCUCAUAAUAAAGCCAUAAUAACAUUUGUCAUGUGACAUAGGCUACAGUUGUGCAGAGACGUUUUUAGGAUUUCUACAAAUGGGGAUCAUCUGUUAGCAGGUCUCAAUCAUUUUUUUGCCUUUUACAAAACGCAUUUCAUGCAAUUCUACGCCAUUUACAUGAUAAAAGACAUUAGCUGAAUAUUUGCAACACACACAUUGUACAAUAUUAGGAGACAAUAUAUAUAUAUAUAUAUGUAUAUAUAUGUAUAUAUUAUAGGCUACAGUAGGCUACUAAAUGACAUGUCCAGUGCCACACUGACUCACCUAAUGAUGAAGAUGUAGCCAUUAGAUACUACUCAUGGUGAUGGCCGAUGCUCUCCUCGUGGCAACAGCUUAUCUCAAGAUGAGCUACUUUGAAAAACAUUGCUGCUGUUGCUGGGAGUUGUUCUAUUGGUUCUACAGAUAGACUAGUCUUCUCUUUUCAGUGGUAUGCAUUUGCUUUCCAAACUUGACAUUUUUCCUGCAAUUGUCUUUUGAAAUUUGCAAAAGUCAAACAGACAGCUACAACCAACCAUAGUAAUAUAAUCCAUAUAAAUGUACAUUCAAAUCAGGACUUGCAGCCACUGCUAGUGUACCCAUCAGUUGAAUAGUCAAAUUGCCAGGGUAAGAGGUUCCAAAACUCUGUGGAUUAUUUGUCUAUGGCCACAAACGCAACAAGUUGUAUAUUUGCGUGGGCAUGCUGACCAAAUCGAGGCCUUCCCGACUGUAGGCAACCAGUAACUGCCAAAAUAAAGGAAACACUUGAGUAAAUGAGGAGUACAAAUAAUAUGUCAUGCUGUGGGUGCAUUUUCCUGGCAUGGUUUAAGUCCACUUAUAGACUCUAUGUCAAGGAGCAUUGAAGCUGUUCUGGCAGCUCAUGAUGGCCAAACACCCUUUUAAGACACUUGGCUAAAAUAAUAAUAAACAAAUAAUAGAAAAAAAAGUAAUAUUAUUUUAUACAUUUAAAUGAUUGCCUCUUGGGCGCCCUAAUUGGCCAGUCACAUGUAUUUAUUAUGCAGUUACCAAUCAAGGCAGGGCCCCCCAGUUAUCCACAUGCCCCCCAGUUAUCCACAUGUGCCCCCCUACCUAUUCUUCUCCCCCCAUCUGACGAUUAUCAGAGCAGCAUCAGGCUGUCUACUCUCAUUGAGAGACGGCUCCUGAAUCGUCCAGUGUUUUUAUUUUUUUAUUUUUUUUAUUUAACCAUUAUUUAACUGGUAGGCGGUCGCAGUAAAAAUGAUAUAUAUUUGACGUAUAUAGCAUAUACUGUAUAUAUACUAUAUGCAGUAUAUCAUUAUUUUAUUUUGCAUUUCUUUUUUUGCUGCCUUUUGGGCCCCCCACAGCCCUGGGCCAAGGAGCUUCAACCCCGGUAAAUCCCCUGCAUUAAUCUGGCCCUGGUAUGCAGCCCUGGUUAUGACCCCAGCAGAGCCACAGUUAGGGUGGUGUUAUGACCACAGCAGAACCACAGUUAGGGUGGUGUUAUGACCACAUCAGAACCACAGUUAGGGUGGUGUUAUGACCACAGCAGAACCACAGUUAGGGUGGUGUUAUGACCAGGGUUGUCUUUGUGGGCGACCAAACAGCUGAGCUCAUCAGUGCUGAUUCAGCCUCUACAGGAAGUCAAUCCCACUGACUUCCUCGACUUCCUCUAAGCCUCAUGCAUUUCCUCUCCCAUUUCCUUGCACCUGUGUGUGUGUGUGUGUGUGUGUGUGUGUGUGAGAGAGAGAGAGAAAGAGAGAGAGAAAGAGAAUAUUACCUGAUUUCAUCUGGUGCUAAUAUUAGAGUAAUAGACAUUCAUUUUUGUACAAUUGUGUAUAAAAUAUCAUUUCUAAUGUGCCUGAAAAUAAAAAUAGCUGCUGGUUGGCAGAAAAAUACUUAGAA